AGUCAAAGCUCAUUUAAGCACCAAAAAAACAACAGUUAAUAAAAUCAUGUCGAACUUGCAACAAUCGUACAAUGCUGGACAGACCAGGGGCCAAGCUAACGAGAAGGCCGAGCAAUGGACAGAAUCUGCUAAGGAAACUGCACACAACGUUCGCGAAAAGACUUGCAACGCAGCUCAAUCCACCAAAGAAUCUGCUCAACAUGGCCAACAACAAGCCUCUGGUUUCAUCCAACAGACUGGAGAGUCAAUGAAGAACAUGGCUCAAGGUGCUGUUGAUGGUGUCAAGAACACUCUUGGAAUCAAUGAGAAGAAAUGAGAAGUCAAAUAUACUUCUCAUAAUAUAUAUUUUAUUCAUUUGGAGUUUUUCAAAGUUUGAAAACUCUUUUUGCUUUUUUUUUUCUAAUUAAUCUUGUAAUAAAAAUUUGGAUAUUUUGUUUUGUUUUAUGUUUGAAAGAUUUUGUAUAAUGAAAUUUGGGAAGUAAUAAAAUUCCCUAGACAUUUAUUUACGAGUUUUGAAAUUGUUUAACCUUGUAAACUGUAAAUAAUACAAAAUGGUGCAAUGCAUCAUGACACGGUGCGUUCACUUGAUUAGACUA